AUGAUAACAAGAGCUGCAUUGAAAAAUGCAGCACAGCGAGGUUUCCAAACGAGCCGGAAGCUAGCGAUGACUUUCGAGGGCAAUGUUAAUGAAAGUUUAGGCACUGAAGAAGAGAGAAUGACAAAUGUAUUCGGUGGUAGAGUCAAAGGAGAUCCGCCUAGAUCUAGCAGUCGUAUUGUGAGAGGUGAUGCUAGGUACAUAAGUGGGAUAUCCGUACCUGAGAAGCCGUCGGAACCGGAUAACUGCUGCAUGUCCGGAUGUGUUAACUGCGUGUGGGAAAUCUACAAUGAUGAUUUGAGGGAGUGGAAAGAUAAAAGAAAGCAAGCUGCACAUAAACUUAAAGGAACCGACGAGAUAUGGCCGCCAGAUUUCGAUCCACCACUAAAUUCCUUGGAUUUGCAUAAUAUCCCGGUUACUUUUAAGACUUUGAAGAUUCAAUUGGACAAACAGAAGAGCAGAGGAACCGCAGCCUUGUUUCCACCAAGAGAAAGCAGACUACCACAGAGCGUUAUCAGAGCCAAGAGGAGACAUCAAAGUGAGAAAGCUGCGGUUUCGGAAACCCAAAAAGCACAACCUGAUAACGACGAAGGUUGGGAUGACGUACCUGUGUUCAUCAGGGUAUUUGCCGAAUUUGAGGCCAAGAAGAAGCAGGCUCGCAUGGCAGAUAAAGAUAAGACAUCUGAACUUUAG